AUGAACUACCGGCGUCUUCGGCACCUUCGGAACAUCGCAGCCCGGAACGUCAUCAAUAGGAACGGCUUUCGUCUCUUGGAUACUUACUUCACCCUUCACUUGUGUGAUAAUACAAAGAUCUGCAAAGAAUUCUAUAAGAGCGAAGUAAUAAAGAACUCUCUGAACCCAACAUGGCGGAGUCUUGACUUUGGACUAAUGCCCGAUCGCCUCGAUACGUCUGUGUCCUGCUUCGUGGUGAGGAUAUGGGGUGGGAAGAAGGACACUUACCAGUUGCUGAUAGAGUGGAAAGUCAACCUAGAUGGACUCAAAUAUUUGGGCCAGCAGAUACACGCUCGUAGCCCAAAUGAAAUAAUUUUCGGGCUGAAUGAUGGUUACUAUGGAGCCUCCUAUGAACAAAAGGGCCACUCAGGAACCCAGAAGAACAGCCUUCUCCAGGUGGAUCAGAACUGCGUUCGUAACUCCUACGACGUCUUCUCUUUGCUCAGGCUGCACCGGGCCCAGUGUGCAAUUAAACAGACUCAGGUCACCGUUCAGAAAAUAGGAAGAGAGAUCGAAGAGAAGCUGCGGCUGACCUCGACCAGCAACGAACUGAAGAAAGAGAGUGAGUGUUUACAGCUGAAGAUCUUGGUGCUUCGGAGCGAGCUGGGGAGACAGAAGAAAGCUCUGGACCGAGAGGUGGCUUUACUGCAUAAGAAGCAGAGCACGCUCUACGAGCGAGGAAAAGCGUUCGAAGAGGAGUACCGGAAGCUCUGGAUGGAUAAAGAACCCCUGCAGGAGCUGAUGAAGGAGUGCACCGCUAAGAGAGAGCAGUUCUUGAAGACCAACGCGCAGCUGACCAUCAGGUGCAGACAGUUACUCUCAGAGCUUUCCUAUAUUUACCCAAUUGAUUUGAACGACCAAAAGGAUUAUUUUAUCUGUGGAGUCAAGUUGCCCAAUUCUGAAGACUUCCAAGCAAAGGAUGAUGGAAGCAUCGCUGUCGCCCUGGGCUACACGGCCCACUUGGUCUCCAUGAUUUCCUUCUUCCUGCAAGUGCCGCUCAGGUAUCCGGUCAUCCACAAGGGCUCCAGGUCUACGAUCAAAGAUAACAUCAACGACAAGCUGACGGAGAAGGAAAGGGAAUUUCCGCUGAAUCCAAAAGGAGGAGAGAAACUGCAGUUUGAGUACGGCGUCUACCUUCUCAACAAAAACAUUGCACAGCUAAGGUACCAACAUGGGCUGGUGACUCCAGAUCUGAGGCAGACCCUUCCCAACCUGAAGAACUUCCUGGAGCACGGGCUCAUGGUCAGGUGUGACCGGCAUCACAUUUCCAGUGCCAUUCCAGUUCCAAAGAGACAGAGUUCUACGUUCGGAGGGUUGGAUGCUGGUUUAUCUGGCAACCAUCCUUCUCCAGACAAGGGGCUCCGAAAACGAGCCAACUCGGACAACGAGAGACUGCAGUACAAGACACCCCCGCCGAGUUACAACACAGCUUUGUCUCACCCUGUUGCCAUUGUAGGAGAGCCUGAGAGAAAGGCAGGAUCUUUAUCCUCUUCUUUAGAUACCUCCAUUGACUUCUCGAAAGAAAACAAAAAGGGAGAAGGCUUGAGGAACAGCUUAAAUGGAGGAAGCAGGAACCCAAACACUUCCGAGAACCAGCAGGAAUCUUUCCUGGGAUCCUCUCGUGCAAUGAACGGCGCAGCGCUGCCCAGCGAGCACCUUGGGGCCGCAGCCAAUGAACCGUCUUGCCCAUUCCGCAACUCCCUUGGGGCCGACCUCCUCUGCACGGUCGAGCAAGCCGAAGAGAUCAUCGGGAUGGAAGCGACUGGGUUUGGCUCCGGAGAUCAGCUCGAAGCUUUCAACUACAUCCCGGUGGACCACGCUGUGGCGGUGGAGUGCGACGAGCAAGUCCUGGGGGAAUUCGAAGAUGUCAACCGAAGGAUCUAUGCCUUGAACAAGGACCCGCCCACCUUCUGCCGGCCGCGCAAGGGUUCUGACAAGUGAGCAUUGGGCCCUAAAGCUGCAGCUGCAGCGGCACAUUACCAAGGUGAACUAUCUGUCUCAAAUGACGAUAAAACUUGCACUCGUGAUUCUCUGACAUCCACAGGCUCUGGACAGGGUGGAGGGGAAUGUUGUCACUAUUAUUCUGGGGAGUUGUUCCAUUUUUUUAUUACACACGAUCGUGGUAUAUCCACAGACCAGGUAAACACAUACCGCCCCCUGCCCUGGUUUUCUAUAUUUUCAGAUUUCUCUGGCGAGUCAGAUCAGGUUGGUCUGGGUGUGUGUGUGUCGUCUGCUUAAAUUUAUUAUCCCAGCAAAGGUGUGCGUGUGUGUGUCUCUGUCUCUUACCUUCUACGUGGCUCAUUGCAUUCCACCCGCCCACGCAAUCCUUUUCUUGUUCAGGAGCCUGCUUGGAAGUGAGCAGCCGAUAUCUCAGGGGUAUCUGGCUUUCAGAGCAUGCGAGAUCUCUUGCCCCCCUGCACUGUUUCUUCCCCUCUUUUCUCCCGUUGCCGGCGUCUUCUCUGAGCAACGGCGCAUGAGCUGCUGAAAUAAACAGGUCUUGGGCAAGACCUGCAAACCAGAGCUUUAACGUUCGGGAGGUAGUGCCGGCCGCUCGUAAGUGGAAGAUUGGAAGUACUGUGUUAGUGUGGUUCGUCUUGAGCGAGCAGAAAUUCGCUACCUGUUCCCAGGCUGGGCCUGUAAAGUCACUUGUUUUUGCGAUGAUAGAUCUUGCCUGGGAGACAGCGGUCUGUAGUGGCCCGAUGUAUCUCAGGGGAGGCAUUCCGCACCAUGAAAUGACACCUCGAUGAAAAACAGUUGUUUUCAGGCAGACAGACUUUGGUACAAUAGAUUGAGGGUUGCGUUAUUUUCAUCAAUACCUCUCGGAGUCAACCAUUUCCGGUUGUCCUUAAUCCAUUUCUUUUUAAAAUCAGUCGCCCAGGGCCAUCCAUACAUCAAACGAGAGACGUCUCCAGCAGUCUAUCCACGGGGCAAGUUUGACUCUAGAUGAGGUAGUCGACCACUGGCGAGCGCGUUCCCAACUGCACCUAACGUCCAAGCAAAAUUUGGAGUCGGCUUGCGAUUCCUGCUGGAAAUGCAUUUUGGAGUUCAAAUGUCUCUGACUCUCGCUUUCUACAUUGUAUACUGAAGUCUGGGCUCAAUUGUGAGCUCCUAAAUAUAUAUAUAAAUAAAUAAAUAUAUAUAUAUAUGUAUAGCAGAAUAAAAGUUUAAUUUACUUCA